AUGCGAGCUGAGAGUUUGGGUGCUACAGUUCUGGAGCCUGUGAAAGAAAAAAAUGGAAGUCCUUGGGGAAUACAGAUGAUCUACCGGUUCCUAUCCUUUGACCACUUCAGAGACAAGCACAUUCCCCCAUCCCCUGUGGGUGCCAAGCCAGGCCCAACUCCUUUAACAGAGUCUCCAGAACUGCAGGCGCUGCUCCAGCUGCUGCAUUGGCCAGCUCCACCUGAGGAUGCUGUAGCCUUCAGUUCUUCCACGAGUGCCGAGAAGAGCCACUACCAGCUCUUGAAGUCCCAGAGCAACUACACCGUGGGUAACAUGCUACUGGUGUCUCUGGAGGCCAGGGACCAGAGUGGGCAGCCAAAGCACUAUGGCGGAGACUUCCUGAGGGCCAAAUUGCAUUCCCCAGAGCUGAAGGCGAGCGUGGCAGGGACGGUGGAGGACCACAAGAAUGGUACCUACACACUGACUUUCCCGCUUCUUUGGGCAGGUGCAGCGCAGGUGUCUGUGCGUCUCAUCCACUCCAGUGAGACUGUAGCCCUCCUUCGGCGCAUCCGUGACUCCCAUCCCUCCACAGUCACCUUCAGGGGCUACUUUGUAGACCCAGGCCAGGGGAGCAAAGAAGAAGUGACUGAAUGCAACGUGCAUCCAGUCUCAGGCCCAACCUGCCAGUAUGUGGAUCUUGGCACUGGGGAGCACUGGUUUUGUGCCAGGCCUCAGCAUCACUCCUGCAAUGACCUUGUGUACCACUCUGCUGGGAUCUACAAAAAUGUGCUCACCUCAGCAGAGAAAGUCUUCCUUAGUGGAGCUGCGACAGACCGGAUUAUUCCAGGGAGUGUGCCCAUUAUCCAAGUGCUGCCUAGCCACCAGCUGGCUGUUGCCACCUCCCCACCGCUCCCAUGCCACCCAGGCCUUGCCCUCACCAACCCUUCAGGUUUCUACUACAAGGAUGUGUGGGUUUCCUUGGGAUGUUCUAGCCGGACCUUCCCUACUCCUGACUUGGCACUCAGCUGCUUGCAAGGCAAGAUAGUCCACAUGAUUGGAGACUCCACACUACGCCAGUGGUGGGAAUUCCUGCUGGCCUUCAUUCCAUAACAGAAUUCUGAUGUCAGAGUCCCAC